AUGGAUAUAACUAUUCAAGAAAACGAUAAUUGGGUACAAUGUGAUAAAUGUGAAAAAUGGAGGAAACUACCUUCAAAUACUGAUAUAAGUAAAUUAACAAACACAUGGUAUUGUAGUUUAAAUGAUGAUACCCGAUACAAUUCAUGUGAUAUAGAGGAAGAAAUUGUUAUUUCUCCUCAAUACAAUUUAAACAAUAACAAUAUUCCUACUAUUGCUAAUACUACUACUACUAAUAAUAAUAAUAAUUUUCCAACUGAAUCAUAUAAAAAUGUGGAUUCAUUAGAAAAUGCUAAUAAAUUCGAAAGCGAAUUUUAUAGCAAUAGUAAUAAUAACACCUAUGUAAGUAACAAUAAUGGGAUAAAUAGCUACCAAAAUAAUAUUAACAAUGAAGAAAGUAUUUCACAAAACAGUAAUAAUUUAAAUAUAUAUAUAAACCAAAGAAAUGAUAAUUUUGUUAAUCAAAAUGAUGAAAAUAACAUAAUUUCAUCGAACAUUAAUAAUAAAAAUAAAUAUGACAUUAAAAAAAAUAAAGAAGAUAAAAAAAAGUCAAAAAAUAAAUAUAAUACUAAUAAAAAAGAAUAUAAAAAUGAAAUUCUUUUAAAUAAUAUACCUUUAGAUUUUGGAAACUAUUCUGUAAAGGGUGUUAAAUCCCUUCCUAAAAUUAUCAAAAAAAUAAAUCAUAAAAAAAAACAAAUAAACAGUGAGCAUAACAAUGGAUUUACUAAUAUCAUACAUGAUUAUGAUAAUAAUUUUUAUAAUAACUAUACAAUUAAUAUGUCAUAUUCAAAAUAUAGCAAAAAAAAUCUAAACAAAUUUAAGAGAAGUAAUAGUGAUGGAGAAGUAUAUAGACAUUUCAAAAGUCAAGCCAAUUUUAAUACCCAUUAUUAUAGUGAUACAAACAGUAAUUGUAAUUUUAGAGAUAAUAUAAGAAUGCAUAAAAAAAAUGAUAAUAAUAAUAAUUCAUCAUUUUAUUCAUCUAUGCAUUCUAUUGUUAAUAAUAUAUUGAAGAAAAAACAAAAAGCAAAAAAACAAGCAAGUGAUAAAAAUAAAAAUGAAAAAGAUUUAGUAGCAUCAUUGAAUAGUAAUACACACAAAAAUUCAAAUGAUGUACUAAAAAAAAAUAAAAAAAUAAAAGAAAUUAAUCAUAUAAAAAAUGAAAUAGAUAUAUAUGAAAAUUAUGAUAAUAAAGAUAUUUCAAUUUUUCAAAAUAUUUGUAAAGAUGAAAAUGGUAAUAUUAUAGAUGAAAAUCAUUCGAAAGAAACAAAUAAAUAUAUUCACAAUGUUAAUAAAAUAAAAAAUUAUAUUUCAAAAAAAAGUGAAAUGAACUUAGAAAAAAAAAAAAUUAAUGAUAUAAAAAUUAAUCAGUCUCAUUUUAAUCAAAAUAAGACUAACAAAAGUGAUAAAAAUAACAAUGCCACUAUAUAUAACGAAGCGAAUUUAAAUUCAAAUAGUUAUAAUGGUGACAAUGUAUUAAUUAAUAAUAAUAAUCAUCAUAUGAAUAAUGAUAAUAAUAAUAAUCAAAAUGAGUUGGAAAAAAAUACUAGCCCAUUAAAUAAUGUAGUAAAUUGGGUACAAUGUGAAAAUUGCAAAAAAUGGAGAAAAGUUGAUGCACAUGUUAAUGUUACGCAAUUACCUGAUGAGUGGUAUUGCUCAUUAAACUUUUGGAAUAAAUAUAAUAAUUGUGAUGCCGAAGAAGAAGUAUAUGUAGAAGAUAAUCUCGGUAAUAAAAAUAUAAACAACUUUGAAAAAAAUAUAGAUAAUAAUAAUAUUCUUGAUAAUUUUCCCAAAGAUAAAAAUUCAAAACAAACAAAAACUAAAGGAAAAAAUGUAGAUAAAUAUAAUAUAAAACCUAAAAAUUAUAAAAAUUGUAAAAAUUUAACGAAUAAAUAUGAAAUUAACAAUAUUUACAGUAACUUCAACAAUCAUGAUGAUUAUGUUGAAAAAUACUGUAUUGCUAAUAAUAUUGAUUAUAAAAAACUGAUAAAAAAUAAUAAAAUAGAUCAACAACAUUGGAAUAAUAUUUGUGCAUAUAUAAAAUUUAUUAAUAGUUAUGGUAAUAAUGCUACUGCUAAAAAUUUGUGGACUUUGAGGGAUCGAAAUUCUAUGAGACGAUCAAGUUCAUAUAGUUGUUAUGAAAAUAAAACUGUUUAUUUUGAUUAUGAAUAUGAUCAAAAUUAUUUAUCAGAUAGUUUUUUACAAGUAAAAAUUUCAAAAAAAAAAUUCAUUCAAAAAAAUAAAAUAUAUAAUUAUAGAAAUAAAAAUUCACAAUUUUUUUACAAUCAUUUGAGUAACAAUAAAAGUUAUGAUAUUUACCCUUACAAUUUAUAUCCAAACAAAAAUGACAUGAUCAAAUUUAAUAAAACACACGCCACUAGUGAUAAUAAAAUUUACGAAAAAACUGACAAUAGUAAGGAUAAGUUAGAACAAAUUAAUGAAUCAGAAGAUGAACAAAGUAAAAAAGGAGACAAUUCCCAUAUACAAGAUUCAGGAAAGUUUCAAAAUUUAGAUCAUAAUAAUACAAAGCAUGUUGAAAAUGGUGAAAAUGAGCGCAAAUGUGAUACCGCUGAUGACUCCCAAACUAAUAAAGGCGUGUGGAGUAUGCUGAUGAAUAAAUUUAAAAUUAAUAAAUGGAAAGGAAAUGAUACUGAUAAAAAUGAUGUGGAGAAAACUGUCGAAGCAGAUACAAACAAAUGUAAUUCUGCAGUUACCCCUAAAAAUGAAAAGGAGGAAAUUGAUAAAUAUACAUACAAUAAUAUAUUUGAUUGUAAUGAUAGUACUAACGAUUUUUAUAAUGAAAAAAAAUAUGAAAUAAUGCGAAAUUAUGUUUUAUAUAAUAGAGAAAAAAUGGGAAAAUAUUUAAACUACGACAAAUCUAAUGAAGAAGCUAAAAAAAAAAAUAUUAAUAAUUCCGAUACCUUAGAAGAAAAUAAAGAAGAUAACAAUGAUCAUAAUAUUGAUAAACACAUGGAAGGGGAACAAAAUAAUAAUAAUCCCUAUAUAUAUUCAACUAAAUUGAAUUCACAUGAAGAAAAAUCCAAUAUAAAUGGUGAUCUUCAUAUUAUUUCUGAUUCAAAAAAUAACAUAAAAAAAUUAUUUGGCGAACAUUAUUUAAAUAAUGAUAAUUUAGUUAAUACCUCGAAAAGUAAACUAUUAAAUGAUUCAAGUAUAAAUUAUCAUAAGUUUUUAUUUUCAAACAAUAAUAAAAUAUUGACACAAACAAGCAAUUCUUUUAGUAGAUUAAGUACAAAUGAAGUUAUAAAUUUUCCAUUUGAAGAAUAUAAUGAUGAAAAUAUAACUAUAGCUAAAAAAGAAAUAAAUAAUAAUUUUAUAAAAUUAGAAAAUGAAAAACUAUAUAAUUCGUAUAGAGAUGACAUCAAUAAAUUAAGUUCGGAAAAUCAAAUAAAAACAAGUGACAAUUUAAAUAGUAUACAUAAUAGUGAUAAAAAAAAAAAUAAAAUAUUACCAAAUUAUGAAAAAUUUAUUGCAAGCGUCAAUUAUUUUAACAGCUUAUCAUCACAAAUGUAUUACCCAGAUGAAUUAAUGAAAACAAUUCCGAUAGAAAAAAUGAAUGAACCCAUCCUAAAUCAUUCUAAUAAUUUCGAUAUUAAUAAUAUAUUAAUGAACAAACAAAAAAGUUAUAACAAAAAUGAUUCUAUGGAAAAUAACACGAAUGUAAAUUCCUUGGUUAAUGAUUAUUUAAAUGUCAUUGAAAAUACAAAGUCAGUUCAAAAUAAUAAUAAAGGUGGAAAAAAAAUAACCAAAAUAAUCCCUACCAAAAAUCCAUUAAAAAAUUAUAUAAUAAACAAUAAUAAUAAUGAUGUGAGUUUAAAAAAAACUGCAAAACAACAAGUGCAACAACCAAAGCUAAAUAAUGAGAGUAAAAACUCAAAAGGUAAAAGUAAUGAUAAAAAUACAUUAAAAAAAGAUUUUAUUGGAGGAAAUACUGGAAAUCGAAAGGACAUCGAAAGAGCUGAGAAGGAAAGUAAAAGAGAAAAGGGUGACAAGAAUGAAAAAAUUGAGAAAAAUGAAAACAAUGAAUACACAACAUUUAGUAUGCGAUGUAAUGAAAAUAAAAACAUUAUUAAGGAACUAAUAAGAAAUCGAAAUAACAUAUUAAAUACAAAUAUAUCGAAAGGAAAUGUUUCAAAUCGAUCUCUAUCCUAUAAUGAUGAUAUAAAUGAUGAAUAUGAUGAUGGAAGUCAUAUAAAAACAACAAUAUUAAAUGCCAAAAAUUUAAAAAAACAUAUACUAAGUAGCAGAGUAAUUAUAUAUUCAAAAGGAGCCUCUUUAACAUUUAAUGUUGAAGAAAUAAAUAAAAAUAGUAUUUACUUUUAUAACCACGAAGAAAUUGAUUUAUUAAAUGGAAAUAAUCCUACUGAAUUUAAUUCUAACAAUACUAAUACUGUUACAAAUAAUUCGAACUCUACUAAUACUAAUAAUAAAAGUAAAAAAAAUGUUGACGACCCUAAUAAAGAUUUACAAAAUGAUAUAGAAAGUAGUAAUAUAUACUUCAAUUAUGCUCAUAAUAUUAAUUUUAGUGAUAAUAAUAAUAAUAUUGAAUUAAAUAAAAUGAAAAAAGUUGUUACUCAAGUUUUUAAUUAUGAUUAUAAAAAAUUUGUUAAUGAGAUAAGUUUAUUUAAUGAUAAUAUAAAAUUACAAAUUCCAAACUUAAAGUAUAAAUUUAAAAAAUAUACACAUUUGGACGAUGAUAAAAAUAAAGGGAAAAAAAAACAAAUUUAUCAAACACAACUAGAUAAUCAAAAUAAUCAUUUUUAUAAUGAUACUACUAUUAAAAAAAAUAAUGAAUACAGUGAUGAAAAUAGUUUGGAUGACAAGCAUAGUAAUAUAACUGAUGACGAUGAAAUAUAUGAUGACAACUGUAAAAAAAGUAAACUAAAAUUAAAGAAGAAAAAUAAAAAUACUAUUGAUUACUAUAAAAAUGAUGAUCCAAAAAAUAAUGCUAUUAAGAAAAAAAAUAAAGGGAAAAUUGCUGCAAAUAAAAAUAUUUUAAAAUCGGAAAUGAUAAUAAAUGAUCAAGUACGGCCUGAAAAAUUAAAAAAAGGAAAUAAAAGUCAGGCAAAAUAUGUUGCAAAAAAUACAAAAGCUCUUUCCAACAAUGAUAAUAUUAAUAAUGAUUAUGAUUCUUUUAAAACUGUAAAAAAACUAAAUAGUAAUAAGAUUAAAAAAUUAUCAAAUAAUGAAUAUGACGAAGAAGAUAAAGAAACCUAUCAAGAUCAAAACGAAUAUAAAUUCGAGUUGGAAAAAUUAAACCAUGAACAAACUAUUAUGCCCAAUGGCCCUGACAAUUUAAGUGAUCAAGUUGAUAAAAAAAGUGACAUACUAUCAACGGAUAAUAAUAUGGAUCAUGUUUUAAAAUCCAAAGAUAAGAAAAGUAGUGAUAAUAUUAAACAAAAAUAUAACUAUAAUAGUGGAAGCACUUUUAUUCCAAAUGAAGUUGAUGGAAAUAGUGGUGAACAAAGUCGAGAAAGAAAACGAAAAUAUUCAACUAAUGAUAAUACUAUUGAUGAUAAACAUGAAAACAAAAUACAUAAAGAAUAUAAAAAAAAUAAAAUGGAUAUAACAGAUUAUAAUAAUAAUAUAAGUCAAAACGAGGAUUCUUCAGUUGAUGAUGGAGAUUCGAAUAUAUAUGAAGAGGAAGAUAAAAGUCAAAGUGAUCAAGAUAUAUAUGAUAAUAAUAAAAAUAAACAUAACAAUAUUUCGAAACAUUGGAAUGAAAAUUCUUAUAAGUCAAAAGAGAAACGCCCAAUUAGCUCAGAUAGAAAAAGUAAUAGUGAAGAAACAAACUCACAAACUGAUAAUUAUUUACAAGAUAAAGAAAGUAAAGAUGAAAGUAGUUUCUUUAUUAUUGACACAAACAGUAGAAGUAAGAGGAAACGAUGUAUAUUGGAUGAUGACGAAGAAGAAACAGAUUACAACAAAAAGCUAGAUUAUAAUAAAGAAGAAGAGGAUUCAAGUGAUCAUAAAAAAAAAUGUUAUGACCCAAAGGACAGAGAUGAGAUUGAAUAUAAUAAACAGGAAAAAGAAUAUUAUUAUAAAGAUAAAUAUUACGACGAUAAAUAUCAUCAAGUUAAAAGAAAAAGAUCAUAUAGUAAUGAUAAUAGCCAAAGGGAUAAAUCUCCUGAAAAUUAUUUUGAAAAAGAAGAAUAUGGUAAAGGUAAAUAUGAGGAUAAACAUUAUCGAUAUAAAAAAAUGCAUCAUAAUAAUACACUUAAUAAAAAUGAAAUUGAUAAAAACAAAUAUUAUAAUAAAACUAUGAAUCAACAUAAUUAUCAUCGAAAUAGUUACUCAUCUUAUAGUGAAAAUAAUGACGAUUCUGAUGGCAGGUAUUAUAAUAAAAGGAGCCGAGAUGAUAAAAAUAGAGCCACUAUUGAAAGUGAAGAACGUAGAGAAAGUUUUUAUCAUAAUCACCAUAAAGAACAUCAUGAAUAUCGUUCUAAAGAUUCAAUAAAUGAUAUACAUAACAAUAAAAUACACAGAAAUAAUAAGAGUAUUGAAUCAGAAAGAAGACAUAAAGAAAAUAGAUAUAAAUCAUAUGAUAGUACCAAUUAUAAAACCAAUAAUCACGAUAAUGAUGAAAAAGAAAGCAAUUUUAAUAACCAACAUGAUCAAUUCAAUAAAAAUAAUAAUUCACAUCACUCAGAUAAAUACGAUCGACACAGUAAUAAUGAACAAGAUAAAAUGAAUAAACGAUUUAGCAAAAAACUUGAUUUUAAGUAUGAACAUCAAAAUGAAAAUAAAUAUAAGUAUGGAGAAUAUGAAAAACAUAACACUAAAUAUGAGCAUAACAGAUAUGACAAAUAUACUCAUAGCAACAAUAAUAGUAAUAAAUAUGACAGGCAUGAAUAUCAUAAGUAUAAUAGUAGGAAUGAAGAUCGUCGAUAUGAUAGAAAUGAGCAUUAUAGAUAUGAAAGAAGUGGAAAUAAUUAUGAUAAUAAAUAUACACAUAAUUAUGAGAAAUACCCAAAUAAAUAUACCAGUAGUAAUAGGCAUAUAAUAAAUAAGUACGAAAAAAAAAUCAAGAACGAUGACGAAAAAUUAAUUUCCAAUAAUACUACGUCACCUCCCAAUUCAGAAGAAAAAAUUAAUACAAAUAAAACAUAUAAAAUUGAAGAUAACUUAAAGAGUAAAAAUAGCAAUGAAGAUAAUUACAAUGGCCACCUUACCGAUAAUCCUAACCCUAACAAUAAUAAAGAUGAACUUAAUAAAUACAACGGAGAAAAACAUGAUACUGAAAAAAAUAAUGAUGAAAAAAAUGAACAACAUGAACGAAAUAGUGAACGGGAUAAUGGAGACAUUAAUGACUAUGAAAAAAAAUAUCAAGAUUAUAACAAGUACGAAAAAGAACAUUAUUCAAAAAGUGGCGGUAAAAAACCUUUUUAUCACCCUGAAAAUUAUUAUAAAAAUAAAUACAAUGAAAAUUAUAAUGAUGAUGAAUAUCAUUAUAAAAAAUAUAAAAAUCAUGAUUAUUAUUAUGGAAAUGGAGAAAAGCAUAACAUGAACAAUAAUAAUUAUAACAGAAAUGGCCAUUUUCAUACUUAUUCAAAUAAAAAAUUAAUUAAUAAAAACUAUAAAAAUUAUUAUUCACAUAGAAAUAGUCCAACAAGAGAUGAUAUUAUAAAAAAUAAAAUGAGAAAUGACAAAUUUACAAAUCUAAACAGUUCGAAGUAUGGAAAUAAUAUCCAUAUCAAACAAAAUCGAAUGCAUAAAUUUUAA